AUGGUCCGACUUUCUAUCUUCGCGGUUAUCUUCGCCGCUGUCACUGCUGUCGCCGCCGACGGAUACUGCCAAUGCCUCUUCGCGGAUGGAUCCCACUGCUGCGUUACUCAAUACGGCAUCAGGAAGGACUGCACGGCGCGAUGCAUCGAUAACGGAAACUCAGACAAGAAGUGUAACGCUGGUGGCAAGUACUCUAACGUUGGCGGAUGGCACGCGCAGUGGCGCCGCUCCUGCACGGACUGGACCAUUGGAAACGCGUAG